UUUAUCUCCCGAAAAAGAGGAAAAUUCCAUGGCCCUCGACUCCCGCUUCAUCUCCCUCUCCUCCCUCUUCCUCUCUUCUCUCCCUUCCAAAAACCCUAAUCCCAAGCUCCCCUAUUUCACCCCCAACAAAACCCAUGUCCCCAAACCAAGCCCCAAUCUCUCUUCAGCUCCGUCGGACUCAGUUUCUCCUGUAGUCUCAUCAACAACUGAGCCCAUCAAGCUCACUUACCUCGAGGGCAACAGUUGGCUCUGGGAUGUGAACGGGCUCAAGAUUCUGGUCGACCCCAUUUUAGUAGGCAAUCUCGAUUUUGGCAUCCCCUGGCUUUAUGAUGCUGCCAAGAAAUUUCUCAAAAAUUUCAGGCUUGAGGACUUGCCGAAGCUCGACUGCUUGGUGAUAACGCAGAGCCUGGACGAUCAUUGCCAUGUGAAGACGUUGAGGCCGCUCUCUGAGAGGGUUCCUGAUUUGAGGGUGAUCUCCACCCUGAAUGCAGAGCCGAUAUUGAGCCCCCUUUUUAGAAAUGUUACAUAUUUGGAACCUUCACAAAGCUCUGAACUGGAAGGCGAGAAUGGCUCAAAGGUCAAUAUCACAGCUACUGCUGGCCCAGUACUAGGGCCUCCUUGGCAACGGCCGGAAAAUGGGUACAUAGUCACAUGCAGGCAAAGUCAAUUAAGUCUUUAUUACGAACCACACUGUGUAUACAACCAGUCCUUUCUGCAGAAUUACCAGGCCGAUGUAAUCAUUACACCAGUUAUUAAACAACUGUUGCCUGGAUUCACUCUGGUAUCUGGACAAGAGGAUGCAGUUAAUCUGGCCAAGUUACUGCAAGCAAAGUACGUAGUUCCAAUGAAAAACGGUGACCUGGAUGCCAGAGGAAUACUCUCAAGUAUCAUCAGUGCUCAAGGCUCAGUUGAAUCAUUUAAGGAACUCUUGCGCAAAGAGAUUCCUAAUGCUAAUGUAUUGGAGCCUAAGCCUGGCGAACCUCUUGAAAUCUCCAUGUCAACUAUCUCAUGAUUUCCUGAAAAAUAUGUUAGAUGGCAUAUAUGCACCCUGUAAAUAUUAAGUUGGGGCAAAGUACAACAACAUGCUACAAGUGCCACAGAUUGAUACAUGGUCGCUGCUUCUUCCUCCUCAAUUCUAUCCUACUGUAUUAUACUCGUUCGAGCUAAGAUAAAUGAAAUCACGAUACUCGUGUUGAUAAACACAAAUACAGUACCGCAAGCACCUCUGGACCAGCAUGGAACUGAUAGUAAGGUCCCUCUAGGUACAUGCACCUUAACUAGUCUGUAACUCUCAGUAUUUGCUUUUCUGUUAGUUUCCUGACUAAAAUUAAGGACACAAAUACAAUGAAAUUCAGCGAGGAUGCAAGGAUGUGAUCUUAAGCUACUGAGGUUGAAAGAAAUUUGACGAGGAAAGUGAGUUUUUCUGUUUUCUAAAUUUCAUGGAUGAUUAUAAUGUUAUUUAUGAACUGUUCUACCCUGCAUGGAGAAUCUGUAAUGACCGACAAACUUUGAUAUUUGUACUUACACCUAAAUAUCUUAUAUAUGUAAUUACAUAUCACACAUUUUAUUUACA